AUGCAGUCAUAUUAUAAAUUUUAUAUUGAAAACCCUAAUUUUAAUAAUAUAGGUCAUGUCGUAGCUACUGCUAACUUAAGCGAUAAGCAUGACCGAUCAACUCCAUCUGAUUACCACUGGAAAAUUUUGAAGUGCAGAAUGAUCAUAUUCUCAAAUCCUUCGUUCUUAGCUUGCCCUGAUAAAAAAGAACUUAAGCAAGUUCACAUAAUUAUUAACACCUUAAGCGAUGACUAUGAUAGUUUAACUUCGUUAUUUUUAAAAUUUUGUCUUAAACAAGAAGGGUCUAUAAGGACAGUAACAUCAGAAACCUUUUUGAUGUGCUACCAUUACACAUUGACUGCAAGAGUUGCACCAAUUUGGAAUACGUUGGGUCAUGAUUAUCUUAUAAAUAAUAGAGAUUUCUUGACAGCAAUCGGACCUCAAGAAGGAAUUAAAUAUAAUAUUUCGAUUGACGAUUCAUCAACUGUACUCGAAUUAAAGCCUGUCAAAAUUACUUUAAUGAAAUCUGACAACAAAUACAAACCCGGCGACUGUAUCAAAGUAUUACCAAGUUUGAACAAAGCUGUGGUGGAGGAUUAUUAUGAAACGUUGCCAGAAUCAGGUGACUUCAGGUGUUACAAAGAUUUACGACGACAUUGGAAAAAUAUUCAUGGUUAUCGUUUACCUGAAGAGGAAUCUCCUUAUUACGCAGUUCGAUUUUGGCGUGGGGAGCCACUAACUUAUCCAAAAAUAUGCUUGACGUCAAAUUUUCCCAUCAUUACGCCAUUGCCAAAAUCAACUGAGGCCACUGUACUCGCAAGAUUUUUAAGUUGUCUAAGAAGUAAGAUGUCUAAAUUUCUUGGAAUUCCAUUGACAUUAAUCAACCAAGAAGAAAGAGACUUUAACGGAAACGAAAGAAGAGUUACUUUAUCCAGGGGUAUUAUUAAGCGUCGAGGUGGACAGCCAGCUUUAGAUGAGAACGCAGAAAAGAAGUUAGCUGACCGGCUAUUGCACUUGGCAAGUCGUGGCUUCGGAAUUACACCCAAAGCGGUACGUAAGUACGCGUUUGAAUUUGCAGAACGUCAAAACAUAAAACACAAAUUUGACAGAAAUGCUGGAAUGGCUGGCCAGGACUGGUUUCAUCGCUUCAUGCAAAGAAAUAAAAAAUUAACUAUUCGGAAGCCGGAGGAUCUGUCAAGAGCAAGGUGUGAUGGUAUGAAGAAGGAAAAAGUAGCAGAAUUCUUUAAUACUUUGGAAACAGUAGUAGAUAACAACAAUUUAAGAGGAAAACCUGAAUGUGUAUACAAUGUUGAUGAAACGGGUAUGCCGCUUAGUAACCGCCCACCCAACAUUAUAGCCCAAAAAGGUGCUAAAGAUGUUGUCAGCAUGACUAGUGUUGAACGAGGUGAAAAUGUAACCGUUCUAGCCUGUAUGAAUGCAGCAGGACAGUACAUACCUCCAUUUGUUCUAUUCAAAGGUGUGCGUAAACGUGACGAUUUUCUCCUAGGUAUGCCACCUGGUACUGAAGUUGCCAUGACAGAAAACGGCUGGGUCACCGAAGAAGCUUUUAAGUUGUGGCUGCAACAUUUCAAUCGCUACCGGACCCCAGGAAAAGUAGUUCUAAUUUUGGAUGGGCAUGCGUCUCACAUCAGCUACUCAGUGGUAGACUUGUGUGACUCUUUCGAAAUUGAACUUGUACUUCUUCCUCCACACACAUCACAUGCCCUGCAACCGCUCGAUGUAUCGUUUUUCAAACCGCUCAAAACCUAUUAUCACCAACAAGCUACAGCAUGGCAACAUUCACAUCCCAAUCAAGGAAUCACAAAAGUCGCUUUCGGAGCACUUUUCCAACGGGCUUGGAAUCAGGCUGCCACUGUUGGGAAUGCUACAAAAGGCUUCGAAAAGACUGAAAUAUUUCCACUAAACGCCAAUGCAAUACCUGACCACAAGUUCAUCGGUGAUCAAGAGUCGGACAUUGUAGAGUCCCAAGUCCAGUCCCCAAGUUCCCAAAAAAUGCAGCUACACGUGCAAGCCACAAAUACAAAACCACUUGAUAAUAUAGUGCCAUCCACAAGUUCACAACAAUCUGACGAAGCCCAGCCUCCCACCUGUGCAGAAAUAAUUAAAGAAAUUCUUCCAUCACCUUUAAAGUCACCAAUUGCUUCUAAAAGAAUUCGUAAAGUUUCAAAACUGGCCUUGCAUUUAACAUCACCUCAGAAUAAGACUACUCUUCUCGAAAAAGAAGCAAAGAACAAAUUUAAGGUAGACAAUAAAACCAAGGAAAAUAAGGAAAAGGCUGUGGGCAAAGAAAAUACUAUGAAGAAAAUGAAGAAUAAAGCAAAGCUUGCGAUAAAAAUUAAGAGUUCAUCUCCAAAACAUAGAGAGUGGCACUGCAUUUACUGUUCCGAAAUAUUCGUUCAUCCACCUUCAGAGGAUUGGAUUCAGUGCAAUGCCUGCGAAGAAUGGUGCCACGAAAAAUGUGCUGAUAUGGGGGAGGAAAAAGGACCAUAUAUAUGUGAAUUAUGUGCCGAUAAUUAA